AAAAAUAUUUUAAUAAUUUUGAUUUGAUUUGUGUGCUAUCCAGCACUUGUUCACUGCGCGGCUUGCCUACACAACAUAUGUUUCAUCAGCUGUGUUAUUCAGUGCUGUAAACUGUCUAAACUUGCAUGCUGAACUGGAACCAACUAGUUCCAUUUAUAAUUAACCAGUUUGCGAACGAAUGCGAAUAUGCGCAUAAAAUAACAGUGCAAAAGCAAAGCAGAAACAAAAUCAACCGUAAAAGAACAUUUGCAAGAUGUCUGUGCUGCGUUUUCUGGUAACGCGAGAGGCGCUGGCCACGCUAACAAAGCGUUCACUAGUGCCGACUCUCCAGAAUAUUCGCGCAAUAUCAUCCUUGGCUAACAACAACAACAACAACAGCUACAAAGCGAUUUUCGCAGCUAAGGCAAUUGAGACCCCAACGCAACAACAAUGGCAACAACAACAAACACGCGGUCACAAGCGUUUUGGUCAUGGCGAGGAGAAGACACCUCGGGUAACCAAAUAUUUCCAUUUGAUGGUGAUCACUUUGUUUAUCAUCUCGGUGCUGGACUGGGGCAAAAUGAAACGACUGCUCGUGCCCAAAGUGGACGCCGAUGCGGGUCAGCGUCCAUCUGAUGCGGCUGGCGUCAAUGGCGAGAGUAAUUCGGAUAAUUCUGACAGUGACGAGUCGGACGACGAUGACGCCCGCCUGAACCCACGCGACGGCAAGAAGGUUAAGGAAAAAGUUGGGUUUCGCGAGCGCAAGAUUAUUGAGUAUGAGAAUCGCAUCAGGCAAUUCUCGACGCCAGACAAAGUAUUUCGCUACUUUGCCACCAUCCAAGUGCCGGUCGCCGAUGAUCGCCAUGAGGUCUACAUGACACCAACCGAUUUUUUGACUAGCAUGACGCCAGGCAUGAAACAACCAGAUGGCCUGGGUCUGGAUCAGUAUCGCCGCUAUGAUCCCAAGUCCGUGGGAGAGCAGUUGAAUUUGCAAUUGGAAAAGAACAGCAUAUUCUAUAAGCUCGGUUCCUAUGGCCUCAUCACCUUCUCCGAUUACAUCUUCCUGCUCACCGUACUCUCCAUUUCGCGCCGCCACUUUGAGAUCGCAUUUCGGAUGUUUGAUUUGAAUGGCGACGGCGAUGUGGACUGCGAAGAGUUCGAAAUGGUUGCCACCCUGGUGCGCCAGCAGACCAGCAUGGGCACUCGGCAUCGGGAUCAUGCGAAUACUGGAAACACUUUCAAGUCCUUGAAGGGUGUUAACUCAGCCUUGAUAACGUACUUUUUUGGUCCAAACAUGGACGAGAAGCUGACGAUUGAAAAGUUCUUGGACUUUCAAGAGCAGCUGCAACGUGAAAUUCUCUCGCUCGAAUUCGAACGCAAGGAACCCAAUGCGGAUGGCAAUAUAACAGAGGCGGACUUUGCCGAGCUGCUGUUGGCCUAUGCGGGCUAUCCGCCCAAAAAGAAGCAAAAGAAGCUGAAGCGCGUGAAGCGGCGCUUCCGUGACCAUGGCAGGGGCAUAUCCAAGCAGGAUUAUCUCGACUUUUUCCACUUCCUCAACAAUAUCAACGAUGUGGAUACGGCGUUGACUUUCUACCACAUUGCAGGCGCCUCAAUCGAUCAGCAAACUCUGCAGCAUGUGGCCAAGACGGUGGCCAUGGUAAACCUGACCGAUCACGUCGUGGAUGUGGUCUUCACUAUAUUCGAUGAGAAUAACGAUAAUCAGCUGAGCAACAAGGAAUUUAUUUCAGUCAUGAAGAAUCGCGUGCAACGCGGCUUGGAAAAGCCCAAAGAUACGGGCUUCCUGAAAAUGGUGCGUUCGGUAUUCAAGUGUGCCAAGGAAACCAAGCCCGUGCUUUUGGAUAUCUAAUUAAUUGUCUGUUAUUUCCCUCACGUGGAUUCUCGUUUGUUCAGUGCUCAAAACGCACUUCUUAGUCAUUUUACCUACGCUUGCUUCAAUUUAUUUUAAGUAAACUUUACUUUAAACGCAGUUCUUAACCAACUUUUGAACUGGUCAUCGAGAAUUAGAUAGUUAAUAUAGAUAAUGCACUCGAUUCCUAUUUUCAUACAAUGAGAGAAUACAAUUAUGAGAAUAUGCAACUUUUCAUAUAAUUGACCUAGUUUAUUUUCAAUUCAACAGUUUUCAGUUUGACUGUCCCAAAAGUUGAUUUCAUAAUACAUUUUUCUUGUAUAAUGUAAACACAUUUUUACGUAUAUUGUGCUCUUAAAACGUUUUUAAAUAUAUAGUAAUAUUUAUAAUAUAAAAUAAUAUUUAUUUAUAAUAUGUAUAUGCUGAGUUUUGUUUUUUGAUACAAAUAAAUAGUUGAAUUAUUAUUAGAGCUGCAAAUUUAUGGUUUAAAUUAUAAUGCCAAUGAAAAGUUCAGGCUAACAAAUAAUUAUCAAAUUAAAGGAUUUGCCAAUCCAAACCAAACCAAAUCUAUUGGAAACUACUUGAACUGGAAUUUGAAAUUGUUCAAUCUAAGCAUAAAACAUUCAAUGUUUUAAGAAUCUCUUGUAAUGGAAAUUAUAAUUUAAUAGAAUAAUCUUACAUCUAAUAUAACAAAUUCAGGAAGUUAAUAAAUAGUAUUAUUGAAGGAGUUA